AAAACAGUGGAGGAUCGCCAUUCAGAAGCAUGAGGACGAGGAGUUCGUAUGGCGCUGUUCGGCUAUUAUUCAUGCAGUUCUGAGGCUUUAAACUAUUGCAUGUACAGAUAUUAAGCACUGUAUGGAUUCGUGACCUAAUCGUGCUCUCACAAUGGAAUAUACAUUAUUACCGACCAUCCUUGGAUUAUGCAUCAUUACUCAGGUGGUGAAAUGCAACUCUGUGUGUUCAAUUAACGGCUAUAGUGCUAACUGCAUAGAUAGAGGUCUUCAUCAUGUGCCUGAGCUGCCGAUAUAUAUACAUACUGUGGAUUUGAGUUUAAACAACAUUGCUGAACUCGACGAAACAUCCUUUUCUCGUCUCGAAGGUCUACAAGUCCUCAGGAUGGAGCAACAAACACCAGGACUUGUGAUCAGAAACAAUACAUUCAGAAGACUCUACAAUCUAAUAUAUCUUCAGCUGGGCUACAACCACAUGCUUCAAUUGGAGAAAGGAGCUUUUAAUGGAUUAUCCAACCUUCAAAUUCUCUCUCUCACACAGUGCAGUUUAGAUGACUCCAUCCUGUCUGGUGACUUCCUCAAACCUCUGGUGUCUCUUGAGGUGCUUGUCUUGCGUGGUAAUAAAAUGGAGAGAAUCCAGCCGGCCCCGUUCUUUUUAAACAUGAGAAGUUUCCACAUACUGGAUCUCUCUCGCACAAUCAUCAAGAGUAUCUGUGAGGAGGACCUCCUCAGCUUUCAGGGUAAACACUUCACUCUUCUAAAACUGUCUUCAGUGAGACUGCAAGAGAUGAAUGAGUACUGGUCAGGAUGGGACAAGUGCGGAAACCCAUUUAAGAACAUGUCUAUAACUAUAUUGGAUCUGUCUAGUAAUGGCUUCGCUGUUAACAUGGCGCAGCGGUUUUUUGAUAACAUCAGGGGUACCAAAAUACAAAGUCUUAUUCUCAGUAACAGCUACAGCAUGGGCAGUUCUUUUGGCCAUAACAACUUGAAAAAUCCAGACAAAUUCACAUUCAAGGGUCUCGAGGAGAGUGCCAUUAAGAUUUUCGAUCUGUCUCAAUCAAAUAUCAUUGCUCUGUCCAAUUCAUUAUUUAACAUGUCAGAUCUAGAAGAGCUUACUUUAGCCAAUAAUCUGAUCACGGAGGUUGAAAACAAUGCAUUUGUGGGGUUGACAAAUUUACUAAAGCUAAACCUGUCUCAUAACCACCUUGGUGAUAUUGAUUCGGAAACAUUUCAGAAUCUACAGAAACUUGAGCUGCUUGAUUUGUCUUACAACAAUAUAAAGGUGCUUGGAGAGAAGUCAUUUCAAGGGCUCCAAAAUUUGCUCAACCUGAAUUUAACAGGAAAUCAUCUCGAAUCUGUACAUGAAUUCGCAACCCUUCCAAACCUGGAGAAGCUCUACUUGGGUAACAACAGAAUUACGUCUUUGUCCAACUUACCCAACAUGGCUAAAAAUCUCACAACCCUUGAUUUGGAAAUGAACAACUUAAAAGCCUUGUCAGAUCUGUACACAAUUCUACGGGAAUUUCCACAAAUUGUAAAUAUCUUUCUUCAAGGGAACACGUUUCGGAAUUGUUAUACUCCAAAACAAACGGUGCUUUCAGACAAACUAAAGCUCCUUCAUCUUGGGCUUUCAACUAUGCAGCUUAUCUGGUCACAAGGACAAUGUUUAGAUGUGUUUAACAAUCUUCACCAGUUAGAACAGCUCUCUCUUUAUGCCAACGGGCUGCAGUCGCUCCCUAAAAACAUUUUCAAAGACCUUACCUCUCUGAACUUUUUAGAUUUGUCCUUCAACUCUUUGAAGUACCUUCCCAAUGGUAUAUUCCCUAAAAGUCUACAAAUCCUAAAUCUUGAAUAUAAUUCGAUUUAUUCAUUGGAUCCAAAUGUCUUGAGCACCCUCUCUUACCUCAGCCUGCUACAAAACCAGUUUCGCUGCGAUUGCAACCUACGGGAUUUCCAAACAUGGCUAAAUCAAACUAAUGUAAUCCUUGUACAUCCCAUUGAGGAUGUGACGUGUGCCAGUCCUGAGGAUCAGUACAUGGUUCCUGUGUUGACAUCAAACAUACAAUGUGAGGAUGACGUGGAAGAUGAGACUACUGAAAAACUGAGGCUUGUACUUUUCAUCUGCUGUACCACAUUGAUUAUAUUACUCAUGACCAUUGCCAUCGUUUACGUCUGUAGUCGUGGCUACGUCUUCAAGCUUUACAAACGACUGAUUACCAAACUUGUGGACGGCAAGCGAAAGGAUCCUGAACCUGACAAAUUCUUGUACGAUGUGUAUCUUUGCUUCAGUUCCAAUGAUAUGAAAUGGGUGGAGAGAGCGCUGUUGAAGAGACUCGACUCUCAGUUUUCCAAACACAAUGUACUCCACUGUUGCUUCGAGGAGCGAGACUUCAUACCCGGAGAGGACCAUCUUUCCAACAUGCGAAACGCUAUCCAGAGUAGUCGCAAAACGCUCUGUGUGGUGUCUGAACAUUUUCUGAAGGACGGCUGGUGCUUGGAAACCUUCACCCUGGCCAAUAAAAGGAUGGAGGAUGAGUUUAAAGACAUUCUGGUGGUGUUGGUUGUGGGGAACAUACCCCAGUACAGGUUACUGAAGUACAAACAAGUGAGAUCUUACAUUGAGAACAGGAGAUACCUUCUUUGGCCCGAUGACAGUCAGGACUUAGAGUGGUUUUAUGACCAGCUUUUACACACAAUCAGAAAAGACACCAAGAUUAAGCAAACAAAUACUGAAUUAAAAGGCAAGGAGAUUGAAACAAAGCCUGAAGCUGUUAAUGUUCAUGCAAUCACUGCUGUGUAAUUAUGUAUCAUAGACAUUUUGAAUUGAAGGAUAUUCAGCAGCACCAAGGGACUUUAUGUAGAACAUUUGUUUGUAUUUUAUUUUUGUGUUUUAUAUGUGUUUUUCUGAUACUAUAAUACAGUUGCUGUCUAUUAUUAUAAAAUGCACAUAAAAUGCAUGUUUACUUUUCAUCACCCUUUUUAUAAUGUAUGUUCCCAUAACUCAAUGUUAACUCAGGUAAUGAUAAAAACAACAUGAUUCUACAAAUGACUCCCAUUUUAUACAAAUAUUGCAUACUGGAUGUGGUGUAAAAUAAUGCAUGAUAUUUUGCUGUGAAUCUGUGUUAUUUUAGCACUUCUCCAUAUUUUCUGAAUUCAGCCCAAAACCUGGAAACCAUUUGUUAGAUGAAUAUUUCCUGUUUGAAAAACACAGUGGGAUCUGAGGCCUCAUUUAUUAAGACGUUCGUAAAAUGAUCUUAAAUGUGAAUGUACUAUCUACAAUUUAUUAAACAUCUGUACACACGAAAACAUUUUCCUAAAUUGCGUCCCACUUUAUAAAUCGCAAUUCAUCUUUAAAACAUGGGCAUUUGAACAACACAUGGACUCCACCUACAGAAUGCCCACAAAUGUCCUAAUUUGGCGAGACAGAAUACAAUAAAAGCGCAUGCGCAACCCAUUCAUUCAUUUAUUCAUAUGGGCUGCAUCCGAAAUCUGAUAAAUGCUGCCUUUGAAGGCUGUACACAGGGGUAGUUUGAAAAUAAGGUUCUUUUCAAACUGUUCUGAGACCAGUUUCCUUAAUAGUUCCAUUCAUCCAAAGAAUGCUGUUGGUUAAGCCAUUAACUGAUAAGGCAAUAAGUCAGCUGCCUACAUUUAUGCAUUUGGCAAACGCUUUUAUCCAAAGUGACUUACAGUGCACUUAUUACAGGGACAAUUCCCCCAGAACAACCUGGAGUUAAGUGCCUUGCUCAAGGACACAAUGAUGGUGGCUGUGGGGAUCAAACCAGCAACCUUCUGAUUAACAGUUAUGUGCUUUAGCCCACUACGCCACCACCACUCUACGUAUUCGGAUGGAGCCAUGGAGUACUCUUUUGGCUUGGCAAAGAUUUGUAGAGCAGCUACUGGUGUCUAACAUAUAAUGCAGCCUAUUCAACAACUCUUCAUCAGUUAGUCAUUUUCAUUACCAAUAAUAAAUCCAUUCAUUGACACACAAAAUGUUUGUAUGCGUCAGUCAGUUGACGUGCGCAUAAGAACAUUUUCACGUCAGUUUCUACCUUAAAACCCCCAUUUCUUCCUUUUUUAAAGUUGGAUUAAAUCUGAUUGUACAUACGUACGUACAUAAAUGAGGCCUCAGGUCUCGUGUUUUUGGGAAAUAACGAUUUGUACAUUGCUUAUAACAUGUCAAUAAACCACAGAAUUGCUU